CACUUAUCGCUGGAAACAAGAGGAUCAGAAUCAGAUGAGUUUGAGUGGUAUUCAUUACAAGGACAGACAUCACUAAGAACACUAUUAUCAGUUGGGCCUAUAAAAAUCAAGCCUGGUGAUUCAUUCCUUGCUUUUUCGAAUUUACGGACAUUAUAUGUAGAAGAUGCAAAUUUUGAUGCAUUAGUUGAAUAUUUGAAUCAACUCAAACACUUGAGGUAUUUAUCCAUAAAAGAAACCAAUACAUCUAGGCUACCAGGAAGCAUUGGUAAUAUGAAAUUCCUGGAGUAUAUUAGCCUUGUUGGUUGUAAGAGUUUGGUAAAUCUUCCUAGUUCCAUUGUAAAGUUGCAACACCUGAGGUUUCUUAGCCUUCGUGACACAGGAAUAAGCAGCAUACCUAAGGGUUUUCAUGGUCUAACCAAUCUAAGGAAUUUACGUGGGUUUCCAGCGCACAUGGAUGGUGAUUGGUGUAGCAUUGAAGAACUGGGACCUCUCUGCCAGCUAACUCACCUUGAUAUAAGUGGCCUAGAGAACGUGUCUUCAUCCUCAUUUGCAAAAAAGGCCAAGAUUGGUGACAAGGUGCGGUUGAGCCGUCUGUUCUUAGAAUGCACAAGUAGAAUUGAACAUGAUGGUCAGUUGGUAAGAGACGAAGAAGGCAUUCCUGAGGAGCAGCAGCAACAAAUUGAGGAGGUAUUUAAUGAGCUCCAACCUCCAUCUGGCUUAGAAAACCUUGAUAUCAGUGGGUACUUUGGUCAGCGGCUCCCAAGGUGGAUGAUGUCAACAACAGUUAUGCCUCUUGGGAGCUUGAGGAUUCUGAUGAUGGAUGACCUAGCCUGCUGCACGGAACUUCCUAAUGGCUUGUGUCAGCUCCCCUGCUUGGAACUCCUACAGAUUGUCCGUGCUCCAGCGAUCAAGCGUGUUGGGCCUGAAUUCCUACAACCAAACCAUCACUGCCACAACCAUUCCCAGGUAGGGGUUUCAUUUCCCAGAUUGAGUAAGCUGAGUUUUAAUGGACUGAUCGAGUGGGAGGAAUGGGAGUGGGAGCUUCAAGUGAAAGCCAUGCCCAUGUUGGAGGAGCUUAAACUCGGGAAGUGCAAGUUGAGGUGCGUGCCUCCUGGCCUUGCCUUCCACGCAAGAGCUUUGAAGAAACUAUACAUAUAUGAUGUGAAGCAUCUAAGUUCUUUAGAGAACUUUACUUCGGUUGUUCACCUCGACGUGUUUAGAAACACUGACAUGGAGAGGAUUAGUGAUCUACCAAAACUGCAGAAGCUCGUCAUCGUUAUGUGCCCAAAGAUGAAGGUAUUGGAAGGCAUGCCUGCACUACAAAAACUCGACCUGGAGGAUUAUGACAUCGAAACAGUCCCAAGAUACCUGCAAGAUGUAACGCCAAGGCAAUUGCUGCUAGACUGCAGCUUACCUCUACUUGCGUCCACAGCUGCAGGGAAAACUAGCUGCGAGUGGGACAAGUUCAAACAUAUCCAGCAAGUCAAGGCAUAUGCAGGCGAUGAAGGUGUUCAGAGAAAAUGGUACGUGCUAUACACAGGACAUCCUUUCCGCUUCGAGACCAAUAUCAGCCGCUCCGCCAUUAUCCAAGCCGGCAACGAGCGCAAGUGGCUUGCUUACACAAUCACAUGCACUAUUGAAGAUGAGUGGCCGGUAGGACGACGUGCAUCUACCAACAAACGUCAGCCCCUGUGCCUACGCUUCAGGUGCAAUGCUUAUCGCUAUUUAAUUCUCUGGUUGCGUCGAGAGUGCCCGCACUGCAAUGAGGCAGACCGCAUCGCCCCCUCAUCAAACCAAUGGACCGAAGCAGUGGUGUAUUCAGCGUGCACAAAACUUGUAGGAGGCAGAUAUAGUAGACAGUAGCGACAAAAUUGUCAAAGUGCCUUCUUGUACUCUGCAUUUGGGCUAGCAUUAAGUUGAUGCAAUCUCUGUUCCUUUCACGUCAGAUAAUUAGAUGCGAGGAGUCCAGACUUGCACCUUCUGCUAGCUGCCCGUACAGUAUAUGAUUUCAAGCAAUUAAGAGCUUUGGAGAACUUUACUUCUAUUGUUCACCUCGAUGUGUUUGAAAACACAGACCUGGAGAGGAUCAGUAAUCUACCAAGACUGCAGAAGCUCGUCAUCGUUGAGUGCCCAAAGCUUAAGGUAUUGGAGGGUAUGCCUGCGCUGCAAAGACUCAAUCUAAUUGAUCAUGACAUGGAAAUAGUCCCCAGAUAUCUGCAAGAUAUAAAGCCAAGGCACUUGCAGUUGGACUGCAGCUUACGGUUGCUCACUUCCAUAGCAGCAGGGAAAUCUGGUCCUGAGUGGGACAAGUUCAGCCAUAUCCAACAAGUCAAGGCAUAUGCAAAUG